CUGGACCUCUGAUGUCAGGCAGAUCUGAUCUAGAUGCCAUACCUGUAGUUAGCGAUGGGACUAUAGUUCUUGGGGCUCCAAUAGGCAAGAGAGAGUAUGUGUCUGCAGCCUCUAGCCAAUAUGCUGAGAGUGGAAGGCUGUUGUGUGAGCAGUUGAUGAAGUUGGGAGAGGUACAGAGUGCAAUGCUUCUUUUACGAUUCUGCCAUGUUCCUCGCAUGAACCAUUUAGCACGUUUAGUUUGCCCUGACAGACUUCAGGCAGCUGCCGAGGUCCAUGAUAAGAUUUCUCGUGAGACCUUCACUCACGUAUUGGGAUAUAGUCACCUCACUGACUCUUCCUGGAUGCAAGCUACACUGCCGGUCAGGUUUGGUGGUUUCAGCAUGUCACCAUGCCUCAGCACUUCUCGAUUUGCUUUUCUUUCGUCCUGGGUUCACACUCUGGUUCAUCUGCCUAUUCGUUAUCCAGACCUCAAAUCCGCACUGGAUCUUCUAGUCAACUCAAAUGGUGUCGAGGAAUCGAUAGCAUUUUCGCUGAUGCAGGCUGGCAGUGAUGGGACAGAUAUUACUGAAAUGAUUCAAGUUCCAACUAAACUACAACAGAGGCUGACACGGCAACACGCUAAAGAAAAGACGUCAGCAAUGAUCGAGAAGGCCCCCUCCCAGCGAGAUGCUGCUAGGCUAAGAUCGAUUCAAGGCAAGGGCGCUGGAGCCUGGCUGAAUGCUAUGCCCACCUCAAAUAAGCUCGCACUAGUUUCCCCGCGAUUUUCGUUUGGCGGCUUGCUUGAGAUUGGGGUUAGCCAUGCCCUUCGAUGGCUGUAUUCGUCAGUGUGACUGUGGUUCUUUUCUGGACAGUUGUGGAUACCAUCUCCUAACAUGUAAGUGGGGCGGUGGUCCAGUCUGGACCCAUGAGUGUAUUGCCAAUGUAUGGUCAGACUGUCUGCGCAGCUUACAAAUGCACCAUCACAGAGAGCCACGUCAUCG